UCAAUACAUUCCUUUUCUUUUUAACUUAAAAGGGGCAGCCAACGAAAAACUCAUUGCUCGCUGCUCAUUACUCAUUUACCUUAACAGCUGUUUGGAGAAAGACAAGAAUGUCGGGAGGUAUUGCUCGAGGUCGUCUUGCAGAGGAGCGAAAAGCUUGGCGCAAGAAUCACCCCCAUGGAUUUGUUGCAAAGCCGGAGACACUUCCAGAUGGGUCAGUGAACCUGAUGGUUUGGCACUGCACCAUUCCUGGUAAAACUGGGACUGAUUGGGAAGGUGGUUAUUAUCCACUUACAGUUCACUUCAGUGAAGAUUAUCCGAGCAAACCACCUAAGUGUAAAUUCCCACCAGGUUUUUUCCAUCCAAAUGUCUAUCCGUCUGGAACAGUUUGCUUGUCGAUCCUCAAUGAAGACAGUGGAUGGAGACCAGCCAUCACUGUGAAACAGAUACUGGUUGGUAUCCAGGACUUGUUAGAUCAGCCAAACCCUGCUGAUCCUGCCCAGACUGAAGGCUAUCAUCUAUUUAUUCAGGAUGCUCUGGAGUACCGAAAGAGGGUGCGACUGCAGUCUAAGCAGUAUCCACCUCUUGUUUAAAGAAUGUUUUGUCUAAUCUUGUGCUGGCUCUAAUGCACGUCAAAGUUUGCUGUCAUCCCCUGGCAAUAGCGGACAACAAAUCUGCCAGCUACUGAUGCUGAUGGGUAUUUGUUUAAGUGGAGAAGUAAAUAGGAUUUUAUAUCUAAUAUUAUUGCCUUUCAUAGUUCUCAGAGUAUAUGUGUAGAACAAGCACAGCUGCAAAUUGUUAUUACUAAUUUUAUGGUGGAAAUCUGUUGAAAGUUAUUUUCUUUUGCAAAAAGCAGAGUUUCUGUCUGCAAUUUUACGGAAAAUCUUGCUCCAGGGAACAUGGGGUUGUGUACUGUUGUUUUGGAUCCAAAAUCUGCUCUGCUAUUUCUGUUUU